AUGUCUAGUCCACUCGUUACUCGGCGUAACGGCAAGAAGCAAGCUUGCGAGCCUUGUCGCCGCCGAAAAGUCGCGUGCGACCACGGCUAUCCCAUCUGUCGCCGGUGCAGGAAGCAGCCGAACGGUGCAUCUGCAUGUUACUAUGCAGUGUCGGAACAAGCAGCGACCGCCUCUCGAGGGAGGCCCUCUCAGCGACGAGUGUCCGAAGCAUCAGCCUUACGCUCCGAGGUCACGGCACCUGCAGCCCAAACCAAGAACUUUGGACCCGAUGAUGGGUUGUGGAGCUCACCUGCUGCGAGGCCGCCACAGGGCUUCUUCGGGCCUACAAGCUUCCCGGCUGCGUACCAAGAGACUGAGGCUAGUUUGGCUGCACAGGGUCCCUUGGUUACUGAAACUGCCCCUCCUUCACCGACAAUGUCAGCUCCACCAUCGGUGGCCGAGAUACAGAGUAUUGUGGAUAUGGAUCAAGGAGCAAGCCAACUUGCUAUAAAAGUACUCCAGGCCCUACCGGAGAAACUAUCCACCCAGAGAUCAAUGCCUAAAGCUAGCCUUGAUGAGGACUGGUUGGCUGGUAUUGGUGAUAGACUCCUAUCUAGUACUUGGGACACAUUCGGGCCUCAGCUCAGUGAUAGAGCAAACGCAGCAAGUUUGCGCGAGAUGGGCAGUAGAAUAUGUAUCAACACACGAAAAACGCUCAGAGAGGACCAAGAUGACCCGAAUGCAUGGAUUCAAAGCUUCUCGGGAGAGAAUCUGCGCUGGGAGACUGUUGGCGUUAUCUUCCUUUAUACAGCUCUGAGCGAGCUGUCAGCCACAUCGAACGAAGAUUCGAAGAGGACAAUUCGCCAGUGCACUGAGUACUGUGCUUCAUGCAUAACUCUGGCUAACAUGGGCGGGAGUUCUGGGACGCUUAUGCUGUUUCUGGUAUACAAGCGAUCUGUUCUUCAUUCAUGGAUGCAUGGUGAGACCAGCUUGCCGUACUGGAAGUUCCAUGCAGAGGCAGUUGCAAUGUUGACGUUCUCCGGACUCCACGAUAAUCGGGCCAAGUCGUCACCGCAUAUGUCAUCAGUACCUACUGAGAUACGGAGGCGUAUUGGAUGUCAGAUCUUCGUGGUCGAUAAAUUCCUGGCCACUUUUGUUGGGCGACCUCCUCUUCUUACGAGGAGAUUCUGCUCUAUCAAGUUGCCACUUGACCUCGGAGAGUCAGCCUUGCUAUCAGAUAGAGAAACCUUCCAGAGGAAAUCUCAGCUCCUUGGUCAGGACGGAUGGAACAAAGAUGGGUGUAUCUACUCGGGCUCGCUUCUGCGUGUUCGCAUGAUGAUUGCGCUGGUAAGAGACGAGAUCCUCGAAGUUGUACUCGCUCAGGAUGGUGCUUACGGAAUUACGGAAGUCAUGUAA